CAGGACGAUCGUCAUGAUGAUCCUGCUGCUGCUCACAGGUGUGAGUCUUGUUCUCCUCUCGCCUCGAUCAUCUAUAUUUUUGUCUACAUCAACAUCUUCAUGCCCCAAUGGCGGCGACAGAUUAUCUUUUACAAACAGAAACAUAAAAGGUGCCUCCCGUUCUCCCCUCUGAGCGAGAUCAUGGAGAGCUAGCAGAGGAGCGACUGAAUUUCAGGGUUGUUUUUCUGUUCUUGGUCUGCUGGUAGUCGUAGUUGUCGUGAACCGAUGUCUUCAUUAUAAUCGCCGUCAGUAGGUACCACCGGCCUCAAACCUUUUUCUAUUAGGUGAGCUUCGUCAAUCUUCUGAAAUAAAGAGGAUCUGUGCACCAGCGGCCUUGGAGAGAAGGUAAGAGGAGUGAGAAAGGGAUAGGGGUCGUGAAUCAUCUUAGCAAGAAGACCGAAAAUAUUGCACGUAUAGUAAAGCGAAACCUGCUCGGUGGCGUCAUGAUAAGCAAACUGGACGACGUUUAGAAGACGGGGCUAAGUACACAAAAACUGAAAUAUGCAAAUGAGAUGACGGCAGUGAUGCAUUACUUUAGAUAGAAAUUCCAAUUCUUCCAGAAUUCGGUUACCGAGCCGAUCACCUUUCUCAAUUGAAACAACUGGUCAACAUAGGAAACAAAUAGUCGUUGGAUUGGUAUCAAGCUAAGUUUUGAUAAUUUCUAUGGCGUUCUCAAUUGACAAAUCAUAUUAUACAGUUAAGAAUGUAACAUUUGAAAUGUUACAUUCUUAACUGUAUAAUAUGAUUUGUCAUGCAAAAUGACCAUGAUCCGCAAGACGAUCAAGCGGCUUCGCAUGACAAAUCAUCGAAUGGCUAAACAGCAUCCAAAUCCGUGCCAAAUUUGUGAUGCAAGACUUGCAAGCUUUCCCCUUUCCCUAUUGCUGUUUUUGUAUGUAGUGAGGUCACCGAACGGUUCUAACCUGGCAGUUUUCUUGACAUGAAGCGCCAAAAACGGCCGGCAGUUUUCAAGCCUAUAGAGAGUUUUUUUCCCUGAAAAAGUUCGCAGCGUGCAAGCCUGUUUGGCUUUGUUAUCAACGAAUCUCCGGCGGAUUCUAUCGCUCGCCGCUGGAUAAAACGACGCAAGGGAGCCGGCAAAAGGGGCGCCCUUCUGAGGCGCCCACCGCCUUAGUUUCUGGCGAUUUGAGGCGCCCAAAAGGGCGCCCCAAAAAAACGAGCCCAAAAUCAGAACAGCGAAACCGCAUGGCACGGCCUCGAUUUCGGAGCAUUUUGGGCGGCCGCGAAAGCGGCCGCCUUUUCGCCGGUUUCAGAGCCUGGGAAGCUUUGCAAAAAGCGCCGGCGCGAAAAAUAAAAACGCAAAAAAGAAAAAGCGCGCGAGACGCGCGAAGCCAAUCCGCAUGCUAUGGGCCCUAUUUUUCUUUGGUUUUUGGGCGCCCCCCGUGGCGCCCGGAUCGGCCCCAUAGCGUCGGGGCUGGCUUCCGGACAGGAAUUUCGGAAAUUUGCCAAAAAUCUGACAUGUUUUUCAACCGGCCGCCAUGCCGUGCGGCAUAACCUUACCCACGGCGGCACGGCGGGCCCAGAAAAAGCAAAGCCGUGGCCAAGGCAACGGCCGGCAAGAAAACGCCACCGACCUCACUACCUCCGCCCCGGCGGCUAUCAUGACAAAUCCAUGUAACAGUUGAGAAUGUAACAGUUGAGAGCGCCAUAAUUUUCGUUUGCCUUUGACCAGACUCGCCUUUGACGAGUUGUUCUCCACCUGCAAAAUGCUGCCUUACUGGUGGAGGCGGAAGCCGUAUCAAAUGCAAAUAUGUCUGGGUCUGGAAACCUGUGAUGCUGUAUUGCGCAUGACUGCAACGCUUGUUAUGGCAGCUAAGCAUGACAAACUUUCGGAACGCUUUCUGCUGCGUGUUGCGCAUGAGAAAUUGCUUCUUUGCGUAACAAAGAAAGCUGCUCAUUUGCUGCUCAUGCAGCACAGAUUUUCCGGGAAUGCAAGAUACGCAUUUACGAGUUGCAACCUUCCAGACCCAGACAUAUUUGCAGUGGAUAGGCCGCUCAUUGCUGCCCAACUGGUGGCCACGUCCCAGAUCGCAGGCGCGGCUGGGUACGAGGACGCGAGCAAGAACUUCCGCGGGGGGGGGGGCAAAACCAAAAGCCCUCCUCCUUGACCCUCAAUCACGACGGCAGUAACUCCGGCGACGCCAUGAACCCCGUCACGAAGGACGAGGAGUCGUCCUCUGGGACGAGCUUCAUGUCGCGGGCCGCAGUUCUUAGUAACCCUCACCUUAUUAGUAGCCCUCAUGCCCGCGAGCAAGCUGCAAAGAAGGCGUCUCAGUCGCUGAACAGUACUCACAUACAUACGCUUUGACUUUGCCGAUUGCUCCAACUUCGCCGAUUAAGUAGUGGCUGUUGUGUGCAGCUUACGUAGUUACUCUGCAUGGUUCUUACGGCCAUAAGUUUUUUUCUUGAGACAAAAAUACCAAUACAACUCAUGCAGGUGAAUGCUACAUCGAGGUCCGUUGCGUAGAGUGGCGUCCUAAGCAGUGCUCAGCAAUUGCCUAUUGGCAGCCCGAAACUGUGUUUUGCGGAAACCCAAACUCGCACGUCCUGACGGGCAGUCGCCAAACCUACUGUGACGCGGCCUGCAAACCGCUCCCGAAACCAAACUGGUCCACCCCAACGGAACAAACCAAUCACUGGAACACCCUGGUGGUGAACACCGUUCCGCUUCCGCGUUCCUAGGAAAGAUAAAAAAGUAGCUGAGAGAAGAUCGCAAAAAUCAAAUUCAUGCUCAGACCAAAGAAGAUAAAGAUAGAUAAGCUAGUUGAAAUAAGGUCGGAACCUGACCGUUAAAAAAUGGAAAGUUGUUGUGCGACGGUCGAGGUGGAGGUGAUGAAGUUGAAGCCUCGUUAUCGUUUGACACCAAGAAAGCUGUUGGCUUUGAUGUGCGAUUUUAU